CUGAUCUUCGACUUUAAGAGGUCGAUAUUGGUACAAAAACCUUCACAGUUUCAGUUCCCAGUCAGACCCAAAAUGCUUCAUCUCUCCUGCAAUCUCCACCGUCCAUCUCCUUCUCUGCUUCUUCCUCCGCAAAAUCUUUUCCCUUUUCCGUCUCGUAUCGACCGAGUGAAGUUCAAUUUAAGUAAAGGGUUUGUGAAGAUUGCAAAAAUUUCGAUAGCCGUAAAUGGCAAGAAGAGUGAAAGGAGCAGCGAGGAGGGUUCGAGCAGUGAUAAAUGGGUCCAUGAAGGGUUCAUUACAGAGUCACUUCCUAAUGGUAUGUUUCGAGUUCGUUUAGAUAAUGAAGACUUGAUUCUUGGUUAUAUUUCGGGAAAGAUUAGGCAGAAUUUUAUUCGUGUGUUGCCUGGAGAUAAAGUCAAGGUUGAAGUAAGUCGUUAUGAUUCAAGCAAGGGUCGUAUAAUUUAUAGACUUCGGAACCGAAGUUCCAGUGAUUAAGUUGUUGCUUAAUCUUGAGUGCUUUUAUUUUUGUAUUUAAAUGAAUGGUUCUGAAAAUUCAUAAAGCUUAUAUUAUUCUAGUUUUUUCUUCUA